UGAAAGAGACAGCUUCUUGGUAGGCAGAGCAGGGAAUAAAGAUUCAUAAAGCAACAAGAAUCAUUCCUUCUUGUAGUAGGAAGCUGUAGAGAGUCUCCAAGGAAAGGUGAAGAAGACCUUAAAUUCAGACUGAAAGAAUAGAAGAUUACUUGGAAGAUGGCUGGGAAACCUAAACUGCAUUAUGUCAACGGAAGAGGGAAAAUGGAAUCCAUCCGCUGGCUACUUGCAGCAGCUGGAAUUGAGUUUGAAGAAGAAUUUGUAGAAACAAAAGAAGAUUUGGAAAAAUUACGCAGUGAUGGAGUCCUGCUUUUUCAGCAGGUGCCCAUGGUGGAAAUUGAUGGGAUGAAGAUAGUGCAAACACGAGCCAUUCUCAACUACAUAGCAACAAAGCACAACCUUUAUGGGAAGGACCUGAACGAGAAAACUCUGAUAAACAUGUACGUGGAAGGAACCACUGAUCUGAUGGAGAUGAUUAUGUCUCUCAUAUUCCUGACCCAUGAGGAAAAAGCAAAGAAAAAUGCCCUAAUCAUUGACAGGGCCACAACCAGAUACUUCCCAGUUUAUGAAAAGGUUUUAAAAGGGCAAGAUUUCCUUGUUGGUAACCAGUUCAGCUGGGCAGAUGUUCAUCUGCUUGAAGCCAUUCUGAUGACAGAGGAAUUGAAGUCCGAUAUUCUUUCCAAAUUCCCCCAGCUACAGACCUUCAAAACCAGAGUAAGCAAUAUUCCCACCAUUAAGAAAUUCUUGCAGCCUGGAAGUCAGAGAAAACCCCCUCAUGGUGAUGAGUUUGUUGCAAAGGUCAAGAAAAUAUUCAGCAUCUGACAUCACCUGCAAUGACUUUGACAGCAAAUCACUUGUGUAAAUUUUUGUGAUUUAUACUUUUUUCGAUACAUAUACUGUAUGUAUGGCCUUUACUUGCAAAACAUUAAUGACUCUUUUUGGAUUUGUGUUCUCUGAAACUUUUGUUAGUAUUAGAACACUAGGUGCAUAAACAGACAAUGCACUGAAAAACUGUUGUGAAGGCACAACAGGAUAAAGUUUCCAGAGAUUAGUAUAAUACAGGAUAUUAAACCACUCUUCAACUGAAGAGCCUCAUGAGUACAGUAGAAACUAUCUUGAAAAUUGUUACUCUUCAUAUGCAUUAUAUUAAUAGUCUUCAGAACUGUACUGAGAUUUCCUUAUCUAUAUACAUGAUGUUAUGGUAUAAAUAAUUCCAUUAUCAAAGAUAGCUGCUUUUCAAAAAUUAAAUACAUCCUUCUUUGUUUUUGCAUUUUAACUAUUUGGUGAUGAGCACAUCUCUAAGAAACAUCAUUAUGUAACAAGUGUCACUGAUUUCUCGGUAAAACACACCUAAAUAAAAUUUAAGUCUUCCUUGCAUAUGUUCUCCUUAAACAGAGCUGAGAAAGUGAAGGAAAAAGUAUUUAGAUAAGACCAAAAUUUCAGAUUAGAAGCAUAUCCUAAAGAACUCUGCCAUUUCUUAGCAUAGGUAGGUUUCACAUUACUAUUAAUUUCUAACAUAACUAUAGCAAACUGACAUUUUGCUUUGUGUUUCUGCUGCAAACUUUUCUGUGGAUCAACUGGUGAUGACACUUAGUUGGAAGAGAACAGAGACAUGGCCAGAAACAGAUUCUCUGUGACAUCAGCGUUUCCAAAGCAUUACAAGCCAAUGCUGGAUAAAGAGGAGUAUGUUGGACUACAAUUUUGUGACCUACAAAUCUUCCUUUAGCCAUGGAGCUUGCUGGGAACCUUGGGCUAGUCACUUUUUCUAAGCCUAACCUACCUUUUAGGUUUGUUGUGACAAUAACGUGGAAAAGAAAACAUUCAAGUGCUCCCAUGGGCUCAGCAGACAAAAAGCAUGAAACAGAGGCAGACCUAUACAAGUUUCUAAAUGUUGGCAACGACACAUGACAGUCUUUCAAAUUAUUAAACUUUAUUUCAGUUUUGGUAGCUUCUAUCUUUGUAAUUUUCAGACAGGAGUAGAAAUUGACAGCAUUUAAGAAAUGCAAAAUAAAUCCUUGUUCUUCAUUGCAA